AUGUCCAGCUUCCAGCCAACUCCCACCAUUCUACUCCCCCACCUCCCCGCAAAGACCCUCGUCGGCCUCGACCUUCUCAGCUUCACGUCACCAGAGCAAUUCUAUGGAAUCAGCGAUUUGUCACAGGGCUGGCAUUUUUUGUACACGGGCACAACUGAGAAUUUCUCGCUGAGAUGUGGCGCUUGGUUCUACGUUGGAGAUAUCAGACAGGUCGAGUCUGCUAGGAGCCAGCCGAAUGAUGAUGCUACUACGCAAGAAAUCGUCAAGUCUCAGUCCAGAGAGCCAGCAGAAAUACGAAUCUGGAAAUGGAAUCCAGAGAUAGAGGCUAUAUUGCCUCUGAUGAGCGACACAGACAGCAACAAGCUAGAAAUCAUGCGCUGGAAAGCAAAUCUUGGCGGCCUGAGGCAGAUGGGUGCUUUAUUCAGCUACAAGAGCGCCGCAACACACGACGCAGAUCAGGAAACAGAGACAGCAAGCUUCCCCAAACAAAAAGACUGGUCCAGAUUGACAAGCCAUUUGUCACCGCAGAUACUGUCGCGCAUGCUCGGAGAAGCGCAUUGGGAUGAUGAUGCGCGCCCGAGUUGGACCGUCACUUCUGCGAACAGUGCUGCUCGCGAUGCAGAGGUUAUACCAGGCGUAACGGCACAGGAGUCUUCCGAAGAAGCUGGGAAAUUUGGCAACAGUGAGAAAACCGAAAAGGAGCUCCGGUUUCUCCCCGUCGAUCUCAAGCGAACGUGGCGAGAAGGUGCAAUCGGACGCGAGAGGACAGAAGCUGCCCAGGACAGGUCAUGGGCAUUAGGGGAUCUCAUCGAUCAGUCGUCAUCAUCAUCAAAAUCAUCGGCAGAUCAGAAGACGGGCGAGAGCCAUAUCUUGGGCGAGCUUCAAUUUUGUUUUCUGAUGAUCCUGACACUCAUGAACUACUCGUGUCUCGAGCAGUGGAAACGAUUGCUCGGUUUGAUUUUCACCUGCCGAUCUGCAAUUAGAGAACGCGAGUCGUUCUUUAGAGACGUGCUUCAGCUGUUACUUCUACAACUACGGCAUUGCGAAGACGUAGUUGGCGGCUUAUUUGAGAUGGACGGCGAUUACGACGCCAACUUUCUACGCAAACUAUUGACUAAUUUCAGACAAUUGAUGGAAGAAGCCCUGGAAGGCCAGGAUUCUCUCGUGAAAAGGGACAUGGAUGCUCUAGAGAAAUGGGUGCGAGAGAACUAUGGAUGGGAGCUGCGCAAGGGAUCGAUCAUGCGCAGAGGACUAGUGCAGCUUGAAGACGGCGAGGAAGUAGAGCUGGCAAUGAUUGGGGCAGACGAGGACGACGAGAGUGGAGAGUAUGCACCUGUCGUCGUUGAUACGGGCGAGGGCGAUCACACUGGUCUUGACGAAGACCAUGAUAUAGAUACACCUGUAAAUUAG